CUCUCCUUUGCACAGAGGCGGCGGCCGCGGCGGCGGAGAGCGGCAUGAUGGCCCAGCCGCAGCGGGUCUUCACGCUGCCCCGGCAGCACUCCUUCUCCCCGCCGCAGGUCCUCAAUCCCUUCGUGCAAGAGAGGCGCCUGGAUGCCAAGGACAAGUACCGGGUCAGUUUAGAGAUUUCAUUGAAGUUUCUUCAUUUGGAAGCAAGGCUGCCCUGUUUGGACUUCUCCUGCUCCCGCUACGGGCCUUGGCGAUGCUGCUGAUUUUACUCACGGCGUGGCCGUUUGCAGUCCUGGCGACUUCAUGCAGCUGUCGAAAAGCGGGUGUGCCUCUUACCGGGUGGAAAAGGUCCGUAUCGAACACCAGCCUCCGGUUCCUGGGCCGGGCCUUGUUCUUUGCGAUGGGCUUCCACGUGAAAGUGAGAGGCAAACCGUCCAGCAGCUCAGAAGCGGCCAUCUUCGCCGUAGCCCCUCACUCCAGCUUCUUUGACGGAAUCGCCUGCGUCCUCGCUGGGUUGCCGUCCAUCGUGUCUAGAGCAGAGAACCUCAAUGCCCCCAUCCUUGGCAGAAUACUUCAAGCACUUCAGCCCAUACUGGUAUCCCGCCUGGACCCCGAUUCUCGGAGCAACACGAUCAAUGAAAUAAGCAGACGCACAACUUCGGAGGAAGGAUGGCCGCAGAUAUUAGUUUUCCCAGAAGGCACUUGCACAAACCGUUCGUGCCUGAUCACUUUUAAGCAAGGAGCCUUCAUUCCAGGCGUCCCAGUUCAGCCAGUGGUGAUCCGAUACCCAAACAAGCGGGAUACCGUGACGUGGACGUGGCAAGGCAAUACCUUCCUGGAGGCGUUGGUUCUGACGCUGUGCCAACUCUACACAAAUGUUGAAGUGGAGUUUCUGCCUGUCUACAUCCCGACCUGCGAAGAGAAGAAAUCCCCAAUUCUUUUUGCCAACAAAGUACGCUACAAAAUGGCAUGCGCUCUGGAUGUGCCUGUUACGGACCACACGUACGAAGAUUGUCGGCUGAUGAUCUCCGCGGGGCAGCUGACCUUGCCCAUGGAAGCCGGUUUGGUGGAGUUCACCAAGAUCAGCAAGAAACUGAAUCUCAACUGGGGCAAUAUCCGAGAUCAGCUGGAUCAGUUUGCGGCGAUCGCGAGCGCCUCGAAAGGGGGCAGGAUCCGAAUCGAUGAGUUUGCCAGCCACUUGAAACUGCCCGUUUCCGACGUCCUCGAGGAACUGUUUACACUCUUUGACAGGAAUGGAGAUGGCACCAUAGACUUCAGGGAAUAUGUGAUCGGUUUGUCUGUUUUAUGCAAUCCUGCCAACACAGAAGAAACUAUUUACAUGGCCUUUAAGCUCUUUGACCUUGACGAUGACGGUGUUAUAACAGAAAAUGAAUUUGCCUCUGUCGUACAGUCAUCCCUUGGACUUCCUGACCUCGAUGUCUCUAAGCUCUUUAAGGAAAUAGAUGCUGACAAGACUAAUAAGCUCUCUUAUGAGGAGUUCAAAGACUUUGCCCUCAAACACCCCGAAUACGCCAAGCUAUUUACCACCUACCUUGAGCUACAGCGAUGCCAAGUGGAGAUGCAGUCGGAAGUUAACGACAACACACCCCCUCCAAAAACUCCAAUCUCGAAAAAGAUCUCAGGCCCAAAGAAUAAAAUCUACCCUCAGAACAGCGAAGACGACAAUUCGGGCGCCUCGGACAAAAAGGAUGACUGAGCCACAGUGACUUUCCCCCCCCCAAAAAAUAUAACCUCCUCAAGGAUUUCGUUUUUAAAAACAACCGAAUGCUCGGCAAGUUGGUCACAGAAAGCAAAGGGGGGGGGGAAUUAACUGCUUUUUAAAUAAUUUUAUGUAUCAAAGUUGCUUUUUUUAAAUUAAUAAAUUAUUACUUUUUGCCACAUAGGCUGUGUUCAGUAAGGAAUGUG